UGAGCAAAUGUUUCCCAGAAGGGCCAAAGGUGGAAGUUCAGAUCCAAAUGGUCAGUGGAGGGAGGAGACUAUAGGAAAAGUAGAGCUGGAGAAUACUUCAUUGUUAGGCCACUUUCCAGGCAGAAAAUAGUACAGAACAAAGGGGGAAAGAACCCGUGUGAAUGAGGUCAACAUGACUACCCAAAGCAUCCUUCCCUAUGCUUACACUGGACCCAACUCUCUUCCCUGGGCCCUGAGUGUCCUGUUGGCAUUGCAGCAUCUCCUGGUCCAGGCCUCCUUUCUCUGCACCUUUCACUUGCUCUUCCUAGCCACGCUCCCUCCCAGUAAGCUGGAUGGUUUUCAGUGUUGGAAUGAACUUCUGGCCCGCAGCUUCUUUGCCUGUGGCAUCUCUACAGCGUUACAAUGUGGACUUGGUACUAGGUUGCCAUUGGUUCAAGCGCCAUCUUUUGAGUUCCUUAUCCCAGCCAUGGUUCUGACCCAACAUACGGCUCCCAUUCGUCAGUCAAAAGGAAAUAGCACUGGUGCCCUUAAUGAAUACUCUGUUCUAAACUGCAAAAAUACAAGAAACUGGGACUGGUUACUCUGUGAGGUCUCUGGUGCUGUGUUGGUCUCAGCUGUAGUGCAAAUGGCACUUGGAGUGUCAGGUGCCUGUGGCUGGAUUGCCAAGCAUUGUGGGCCAAUGGUUCUGGCUCCAAGCCUCGCUGUCAUUGGACUUUCAGCAUACAGGCCUGCUGCUCUUCUCUGCUCUGAAAACUGGGGGAUAGCCAUGCUACUUGUGUUGCUGAGUAUUUUGCUAUCACAGCACCUGGCUUCCUGUCGAUUGCCCCUCUGCCAGUGGAGCCAGGCAGGGGGCCUCUCUAUAAGAUCACGUCGCCCAAAUCUUCAUAUGUUCUCGGUUCUGUUGCCAGUCUCUGGAAUCUGGCUUGUUUGUGGGAUUCUGAAUCCCAUCCCAAUUCCUUGGGAUGUGUUGCAUCCUUCCACGCAUCAUUUGACCCUCAACAACAGCACCCUGCAGUCCCCAUGGCUCCAGGUGCCUUAUCCAGGCGAACAGGGCUGGCCUCUACUUAGUACCCCUUCAGUAGCCAUAGGUGCUGCAAUGGGUGUUGCUGCAAGUAUUAACUCUAUAGGCUGCUAUUUGCUUUGUAGCAAAGUUCUAAGGGAACCACCUGCACCUCAGCAUGCAUGCAACAGAGGGAUCUGCGCUGAAGGCCUAGGCAGUCUCCUGUCUGCUGUGCUGGGGGGGGUGUCUGGAACAGCAUCUAGCAUGCCCAAUGUUUGUGCCAGCUGUCUGACUCAGGUUACCUCAUUCCGCUCAGUGUGGGUUAGUGCUCUGGCGUGCAUAUUGUUGGGCUUAUCUCCUCGGCUGACAGGACUUCUUGCCACCAUUCCUCUGGCAGUUCAUGGAGGAAUGCUGUGUGUGUCAUAUAGCAUGGCUGUAGGCACUGGCAUCUCGUACUUCCAAUACACGAACAUUGACUCAGGAAGGAACAUCUUCAUUGUGGGCUUCACCAUGUUCAUGGGACUGCUGGUUCCGAAAUGGCUCUUCGCUGCGCCAGAGUCCCUGGCCACAGGGUGUGUACCAGUAGACCUCUUCCUCCUUUCUUUACUGAUGAUUCCUGCAUUUAUAACUGGAAUCCUGUCUUUCUUUUUAGAGAAUACAGUCUCAGGUACCCUGCAAGAGCGUGGAUUGCUCAGCCACUUUGUAUCAUGCAAACCAGAAACAGCAGAUAAUUUCCUGAAACAACACAAUGAAAAGUCUGCACAAAGAUGCAAGCUCCCCCUUGUCUUGAGAAAGCAACAGUUACCUUCAUGGUGCAAGGGCUUCCCUUUCUGUUUUCUCUGUCCCCUGGAAGAAACAAAAGAGGAGGCUGUGAACAGUUAUCACUUGGAAGAACUGCACUGUUCAGCAGGGGAAACCACAGAUCUGCUACUGAAGCCUGAGACCAUGGAGCUGGAGGCAGACAGUAAACAAGAGAAUUUGGGGAACCAUAAAUGUGUAACUAUAUUAGCUAACAAGAGGACCCUUUGCUCAGAUACAAGUAUUGUAUGAGCAUGGGUAUUUUUUUUUCCAAAGGAGGUUUGUGUCAGACAAUCUGGAAUCAGAUUUGAAGAAUACUUAAAACAGGCUGCUCAAAAACAGCUGAACUAGCACUCCUAGCACACUCCCGGCGUCUCUGCAAAGACAUUUCUACAAAAGUGCAAUUAACAUCAUCUUUGGCGCUCAUUUUCUCUGCCUCUCUGAUAUGUUAACACUUUCCAUUUAAUUUUUGCCUAUGUGAAUUUACCUACAGCAUACUACUAGGUAGUAUGCAGACCUAGCUUACAGGGCAGCUUAAAUGUACUUGGGAUGUGACAGGGCAGCUGGGGUGGGGAGGAAUCUGGUUUAUUUUCUCUACAUGCAUGUCCGUCCUCUUUAUGCCGCUAUCUUCAGCUAUAAAGGGAGGGAAGAAUUUAUCUAACUUACAUUGUAGUCCUGCAGUUCCAGGCUAUGUUUUCUGCUAAUGGAAGGCACUCCUGUUAGUGGAAUCUGUUUGCUGCCUCUUCCUCUACUGCUGCAGCCCAUUGAUCUCCUUGAAAUGCUGCUAUUGGAGGGUAGAGAACCCUCAGAAAUGACAUGAGGGGUAAAUCAGGGGUCUGCAGCCAAAACUGGCAAAACUUACACCCUUUAGCAGAAAAUAUUGCCUGGAUCCAGCCCCUGGACUAAACUUCCUUUUGCAUGCUACAUUUGUACUUAUGUGUGUAUAUACUAGGGGAAAGCCAACUUCUUGAUGAAGUGUUAAUACAAAAUCCAAUCACACUCCAUUUUUUUAGUUUUAUAUGAACAGCCAGAGUUUGCUACAUUGCCUGUAUUGCAGCUGUAAGGUCUGCAGCAGGAAAGAGGGAAACUGUAUCACAAAGGAGAGGACUAUAGAAUGCACAAGCCUAUGUAACAAUAAACGAUAUCAUCAAAUUUAUUUUUCUUAAAUAAAGAUUACAUGUAUAAUCA